CUCAAUCUCUAAACUGUCAUUCUCAGCCGAUCUAAUACGUAUGCAAUUUCUUUCUUUCGAGACCCUCAAGGACUCGGUCUCUCAGUGGAGUCGCUCUCGCUCAUCAAAGGAGAGUAACACAAAGGUGAAGGCAUCUCAUUCAUCCGCCGAAGAUGGAGGGUACCGGCGAAUCCAACGACAUGGUCAUGGCUAGAGUUUGACGAACUAGAUUGAAUCGUCAGGAAUAGAGCUGAUACGAACCUAGAAAUCUCUCUCUCGGUUGCUCUAUAAUGGGUCAUCAAGGGAACUCAUUUGCCCUUUUGUUGGACGAGGAAGGCGACGAUGUCACAACUCUUGUCGCCAAUGUUGCGGCGAAGGUCGCAUCUUCUCCCCCUGUGGAGAAGCAGCAACAGCAACAGCAACCGCAGCUGAAGAACCAGCAGUCUGAUUCUGCUUCUUCGGGUAAAGGGACCGAAUUCGUGAGAGCGGAGAGAGGAAGAGGAAGAGGUGGCCGUGGACGUGGGUCAGGAAGGGAUGGUGGUGGGCAGUUUGGAAACGGCCGUGCCAAUGGUUACCAGCGCAACUAUGGGGAUUCUAAUGGGUUCGCUGCCGAUGAUACCAUGCGAGGACGUGGUAGGGGAAGAGGUGGGCGUGGCCGUGGAAGAGGUGUAUUCAAUGAGGAUCGUGGGUUUGGGAAUGAAGGUCAGCAAGGCUUUGGUGGCGGUGAAAUUCAAGGUCAGGAUGGUGGUGCUGGUGAUGGUUGGGAAGAGGCAGGUGGCUCUCAGGGUAGGCCCUUUAGAAACGAAGACAGGGAGUUCAGGAAAGAUUACCGUAAUGGGGAUAGUGAGAGAAGGGGCUACGGUGGUGAGAGGGGGCGAUAUUAUGGUGAUCGGGAUGGGGGGAGGUAUAGUAGGGGCGAAGGACAGAACGGUUCUGAGAAGAAGGAGGAGGAACAGUUCGAUUCCAAAGAUCAAACUGGAAACAAUGGCAAUAGCAUCAAUGAUGGUGAAGGGGGUGCUCCUGAAAACACUGAAGUGCCAAAAGAUGUAGAGCCUGAGCAAGGGAAGUCUGAACAAGUGGCUUCUCAAGACAUGGCAGACAAAAAGCCUCCAGAGGAAGAAGAGGAUAAUAAAAUGACCCUUGAUGAGUAUGAGAAACUAUUAUCUGAAAAAAGAAAAUCUUUGGAAGCAUUAAAGACUGAAGAAAGAAAGGUUACUCUUGACAAAGAUUUGGAGUUGAUGCAACUUGUUGAGAAAAAGAAAGAGGAAACCCUUUUCAGUAAGCUGAGAAGGAAGAGAUUGGAAGGCCCUCUGGAUAAUGUGAAAUCUGAAAAGGAAAAGCUUAAAAAGAAGGAUAGCCUUGAGAAGGAAGAGAAAGUUCGCAAGUCAUUGAACAUAACUGAGUUCCUGGCUGACAAAUAUGGGGGUACACCUGGUCGUUGCCGUGUACGGGGUCGUGGACGUGGUGCAUUUAGAGGAGGACGCCAAGGUAGUGAGGCUGCUUCUGCACCUCGCAUUGAGGAUCAUGGUCAGUUCCCUGUUUUGGGGGGUGCUGCCGUCAAGGCAUGAGUUUUUGCUAGGGUGAUUAGAGUUUUCCCUUAUUUUUUGGUCUCUUUUUCAUAUUGAUCUCUGACUAAGAUGGAUGUGGAUUUAGGUUGGUAAGAUUUAGGAAACACAAUUAAUAUUAUUUUGUUAUAAUGAAAUUCUGUCAGGUGUUUUUACAAUAUUUUUUUUGGUACACCUUAUGUUUCCCUCCAUGGAUUUUGAGCUUCCAGUUGCUCGGCUCUGUUUGUUUCAAUAUUAAAUUAUUUUCUUUUA